AAACACAGAGGGAGGGAGGGCGGGAGGGAGUUGUUUGGGCAAAGAACGAAGGACAGAGACAUGGAGGAGACCGGGGCCACGAGUGCGUACGGAGGCUUGGACAUUCUAAAGUUUGUCCGACAACCGCAAACCAUUGUGCGGCUACUGAGCUGGCUAUUUGCCAUUGUGGUUUUCGGCUGCAUCACCACAGAGGGAUACAUCAACCCUGUCCACAGUGCUGAGCCGAAGUGCAUCUUCAACCAGAACGACUCGGCAUGUCACUACGCUGUCGGCAUCGGCGUGAUUGCUUUCCUCGCCUGUGUGUGCUUCCUGCUUUUGGAUGUUUACAUGCCUUUUAUGAGCAAUGCACAGCAAAGGAAAUAUGCUGUGAUGGCAGACCUGGGAUUCUCUGGGGCAUGGACCUUUCUGUGGUUUGUUUGCUUCUGCUUGUUGGCCAGUCAAUGGGGUCGCACACAUGAUGUCAGCGCAGUGCCCCAGGACGCUGCACGUGCAACGGUGGCCUUUUCAUUCUUCUCCAUUGCUACCUGGGGAAUCCUAACCUACCUCGCCUUGGGUCGUUUCCGUAGAGGCGGUGACGGCAACACCAUCCCAACCUAUACUGAGCAGCCUGCCGACAAGCACACGCCUUACCCACCAACCUACGCCCCCACGCCAUACACCCCCACCACUUAUAGCGCCUAUCCCAGCAUACCAGACUUGAGCCAGCAGCCUGCCUUCACUCCAAACCUGCAGCCGACGCCCGGCUAUCAACCGCCUAAUUACUGAUGCCAAGGACACUGGUAUGGCCACAGGCAGGGCUCCUGGCUGUUUGUGAGGAGCAGAUCCAGCAUGUCAGGGAGCCGUGUUGCCAUUCAUGUUAUGGCUUAUCUUCGGAUUUAACACUUCUGUAAUUGGUAAAACUGUAAAGUGAAAGAACUGCAUGCAAGUUAAUAGAAGAGGGGGACCGCAGAUUACUGCAUGGGGUCAAGGCUCUGUGGUCUGUGAUCAGAUCUUGACAGCAGACUGAGCACUGACAUUCGAUGUGAUCUUUGGAUCAGCUGACCUCUGUGCUAUGACAUAACACUUACCUCAAGCAGGCUAAUAGGCAAAUAGAUUGUACACAGGAUGUUCGAGUAAUUCUGACACUGCCAAUUACUGUUGAGAUCAACACUGUUUCUCUUGCAUUUGUACAGAUUUCUUGGUGAAACUGUUGCAAUUUCAAUUGCUGUGAACUUAUUUUCAUCUUUAAUGAAUCACCUUUAUUGGCCAUAAACAAACAACAAUUUUUUUAUUAAGUAAAAUUAGUUGUGGCAA